AUGCAAUCGUGCGCGAGGUGUGGCUUUGUGGUAUAUCCAGCAGAAAAGAUCAACUGCAUUGACCAGAACUGGCACAAAGCAUGUUUCCACUGCGACGUCUGCAAGAUGGUGCUGACGGCCAACAACUUUGUCAGCCACAAGAAGAGGCCCUACUGCUCAGUACAUAACCCGAGGAACAACACAUUCACCAGCGUGUACGAGACGCCCAUCAACAUCAACGCCAAGAAACAGAGCAAGUCCAGCAGUGAGCUGAAGUAUCUCGAGGAAGGCGAUCGUUUUAUGUCCACCUUCCACUAUGAUAUGAAGUCAUCGGAGCUGGAGAGGGCACGUCUAGCCAAUCAGAUGGCAAGUCAGGCCUUCAAGUCGCAAUCGGAAUUCUCCCAAGAGCAGACGUGGUACGGCAUGGUCACCAGCCAGGAGAUGGUGACCAUGUCGCAGGCACAGAUGAACGUCAGUGACGUAAAGUACACGGAAGAAUACGAGCAAUCCAAAGGCAAAGGCAGCUUCCCGGCCCUGAUCACACCGGGAUACCAGGUUGCCAAAAACGCCAACACUUUGGCGAGCGACCUUGAAUACAAAAAAGGGCACGAGGAGAGAGUUUCCAAGUACACGGCCUUCGCAGACCCCCCGGAGGUGCUCCUGGCCAAGAAACAAGGACAGAUUGUCAGCGAUUAUGCCUACACGGAGGAGUACGAGCAGCGCAAAGGCAAAGGCAGCUUCCCCGCACAUCUCACCCCAGGAUAUAAGAUAUCCAAAAAGGCAUCGGAACAGGCCAGCAACGUGAGGUAUCGGCACGUGUACGAGCAGGAGAUCAAGGGCAAAGCCAGCGCUGAAGUCGCCGCCGCUGAAAUGGUCCGCGCCAGAGAGAAUGCUGACAACUUCAGCCAGAUGGUCUACACCGAAGAGUACGAGCAGCAACGGGGCAAAGGAAGUUUCCCCGCCAUGAUAACGCCCGGUUAUCACUUUGCUAAGAAGGCUCAGGAAAACGCGAGCGACCUAAAAUACAGAAAAGACUUGAAUAAGAUGAAGGGCUCGUCCCAUUUCCACAACUUGACCUCCGAGGACAACCUGGCGCUUAUGAACGCCCGCAAGAUCAACAAGCUUGUCAGCGAGGUAGAGUAUAAGAAAGACUUGGAGAACAGCAAAGGACACAGCAUCAACUUCUGCGAGACACCCCAGUUUCAAAAUGCCACCAAAGUGGCUAAGUUUACCAGUGAUAACAAAUACAAAGAGAAGUACACCACAGACAUGAAGGGCCACUACGAAGGCUCGGGAAUCGACAAGAGGACCAUGCAUGCCAUGAAAGCCCGUACGCUGGCUAGUGACAUUGCAUACAAACAAUGUCACGAUCAAGAUCAAGGCGAGUACAACUACCAAGCCACGCUGACACCAGGCUACCGCUGCCAGAGGAAACUGGACCCACUGAAAGAUAAGAACUAUAGGCAGCACAUUGACCAAGUCAAGUACAACCUAGUAGCGGACACGCCGGAGAUCCUCCUGGCCAGGAAAAACGCUCAUCUUAUCAGCAACCUGAACUACAAAGCCGACUACGAGAAGACUAAGCAUCUGUACACGCUCAACGAAGACCUGCCCCAAAUCAAAAAGGCCAAAGACAACGCAGCCCUGUGCAGCGAUAUUAAAUACAAGGAAGCUUGGGAGAAGACCAAGUCUAAAGCCUGCGACAUUGGCGUAGAUGACCUCAGCGUCAAGGCGGCUAAGGCUUCCCGAGACCUCGCCAGCGAUCUUAAAUACAAGGAAAACUACCUGAAGAACAAGGAAGUAGCCGUGGGCGUCAAUGUGAGCGACUCCAAGACUCUGCAUUCGCUUCAGGUGGCCAAGAUGCGCAGCGACAUUGCGUACAAGAAGGGCUCCAAGGAGAACCAGUCCCGCUACAGCCUAGGAAUGGACAUGGUCAACCUGAGUCAUGCCAAAAAGGCCCAAGCUCUAGCCAGCGAUCUGGAAUAUCGAACCAGGCUGCACGACUACACCGUCAUGGCGGAUGACAUCAAGGUCCAGCAGGCCAAGAAGGCAUAUUCCCUGCAGAGCGAGAACCAAUAUCGGUCAGAUCUCAACUGGAUGAAGGGGGUAGGCUGGGAAACCGAAGGCUGUCUCGACCUCACUCAGGCCAAGAAAGCAGGAGAUCUGCUCAGUGAUAAUAAAUAUCGGCAGAAGGUGGAUCGCAUCAAGUUCACCCAAGUAGCAGACAACCUUUCCAUCCGACACGCUAAGAAGAGUCAAGAACUGCAAAGUGAUCUGGCGUACAAAGCAAACACGGAGCAGAUGAUCCACCAAUACACCAUGACCAAGGAUGAGCCACUUUUUAGACAAGCAAAGGCUAAUGCUGAGCUUCUCAGUGGGAAAGUCUACAAGAGUCAAUGGGAAAAACAACGGGAAAAGGGCUUUGAGCUUCGACUGGACUCGCUUUCGAUUCUCACGGCCAGAGCUAAGAGGGACUUGGCUAGUGAUGUCAAAUACAAAGAGCAAUAUGAGAAAAACAAAGGAAAGGUCAUUGGAAUCAAAUCGGUCAGCGACGACUCUCAGAUGGCUCACUCGGCUUUGGCCACAAAACUACAGAGUGGCCGCGACUACAAGAAGAAAUAUGAGGACACCAAGACCCAAUUCAAUGUUUCUCUGGACAUGCUGAACAUCAGUCAGGCCAAGAGGGCCCAAGACUUGGCGGCAGACUACAACUACAGAACAUACCUGCAUGACUACACCACGCUGCCAACUGACAUGAAAGUUGCCUGGGCAAAGAAGGCCUACGGACUGCAGAGCGACAAACUCUACCGAUCUGAUUUGAACUGGAUGAAGGGUGUCGGCUGGGAGGCCUCAAAAUCUCUGGAUGUCCGGCAGGCCAAAAAAGCAGGAGAGCUCCUUAGCGAGAAAAAGUACCGGCAGGAUGUGAGCGCCCUGAAGUUCACCAGCGUUGAAGACACUCCAGAAAUGGUGCAGGCCAAACUCAGCAACAAACUGGCAAUCGAUAGGUUGUACAGGGAGAAAGGAGAAAAUAUGAAGCACAACUACACCCUCAACGAGGAGUUACCAGAGUUUGUGCAGGCCAAGAUCAACGCCACGAACCUGAGUGAGAGUCGUUACAAGGAAUCUUGGAUGAAACUACGUGAUGGCGGAUAUAAAUUGCGUCUGGACGCUAUUCCGUUCCAGUCAGCCAAAGCGUCUGCAGAUAUUCUCAGUGAUCAAAAGUACAAAGAGGAGUUCGAGAAGACCAAAGGGAAGAUGAUUGGACUGAAAGGACUACAGGACGACAUGAAUAUAGCUCACUCUGUUUACGCUAACAAGCUACAAAGCGAUAUUUCGUACAAGAAAGAGUCGGCCGGCGAACUCUCCAAGCAUCACCUUCCCAUGGACAUGAUGGAGAUUGCCCAUGCCAAGAAGGCCCAGUCUCUGGUCAGCGAUCAGGACUACCGGCUCUUCCUGCAUCAGUACACGUCCCUGCCGGACGACAUGAAGCUGCAAGCAGCCAAGAAAGCGUACGCUCUGCAGAGCGAGAGGAUAUAUCGCUCGGACCUCAAUUACCUGCGGGGUGCCGCAUGGAUCGCUACCGGGGCUCUACAAAUUGAAGGCUCGAGGAAAGCAACCGACCUUAUCAGUGACAAAAAGUAUCGCCAGCAGCCGUACAACUUCAAGCACACAUCUGUUGCAGACUCCCCUGACAUGAUCCACGCCAAAUUCAGUGGACUGAUCACAAAUGAGCGUCUGUACAAAGAAAAAGGGGUGAGCGACCAGCACAGCUACACCAUUACAGCCGAGAGACCCGAGAUCACUCAAGCCAAGAUCAACGCGGCUAACUUUAGCGAGAUUCGAUACAGGGACUCCUGGCACAAUCUGAGGGCUCAGGGCUACAAGCUGACCAUGCAAGACAUCCCGUUCCAGGCAGCCAAGAGCUCCACGGGCAUCGCCAGUGAUUACAAGUACAGAUACAACCACCUGAUGGAAAAAGGAAAGCACAUCGGUGCCCAAAGCGUUUGGGACGACACGUACCUGCUGCACUACACGCAGGCAAAUCGGCUAGCCAGCGAUCAGGAGUACCGCAAGGAUGCACUGACAGCCAGCGGGCGCUACCACCUGACUCCUGAUAUGAUCCACCUCGUCACGGCCAAGAAUGCCCAAGCUCUCGCCAGCGAGCAGGACUACAGGAAGAGGCUUCACGAGUACACCGUGCUUCCUGAUGACAUGAAGGUCAAGUGGGCCAAGAAAGCCUACGAUCUGCAGAGCGAGACGCUGUACAAGUCGGACCUGAACUUCAUGAAGGGCGUGGCCUGGGAUGGCGUAGGGGCGCCGCAGCUGGAGUCGGCCAAGAAGGCCGGAGCACUCCUCAGUGAUAAGCGAUACCGCCAACUGCCAGACAGCCUGAAGUUCACCUCGGUGACCGACUCCCCCGAUAUGCUCCACGCCAAGGCCAGCUAUCAACAAUGCAGCGAGAGGUUGUACAAAUCGGGCAGGAACGACGACAUGAACAAGUACACCUUACAUCCGGACGAUCCCGACUUUGUCCGAGCUAAGAUGAACGCCCAGCACAUUAGCGAUAAAGUCUACAAGGCCUCCGGGGAGCUGGUGAAGACAUUUGGCUACGAUUUGAGAUUGGACGCCAUCCCCUUCCAAACGGCAAAAGCUUCUAGGGAAAUUGCUAGUGACGUGCGCUACAAGGAUUCUCACCUACGCGAGAAGGGCCAGCAGGUGGGACUGCGCUGCGUGGAGGACGACCCCAAAAUGGUGCAUUCGCUGGCGGCCAGCAAGCUCCAGAGCAACCUGGAGUACAAGCGGCAGUCCAAGGAGCAGCGCUCCAAUUACAAGAUCCACGCCGACCAGCCCGACUUCCUGCUGGCCAAGAAGAGUCAGGCACAGGCCAGCGACCUGACCUACCGAAGCAAGCUCCACGACUACACUUGCGACUCUCAACAGCUCAACGUCAUGCACGCCAAGCGGGCCUAUGAGCUGCAGAGUGACGUCAACUACAAGUCGGACCUGAACCGAAUGAAGGGAUCGGGCUGGACCCCGCCCGGCUCCCACAAGGUCGAGCUGGCCCGCCGAGCCGCCGAGCUGGGCUUCGCCGAUGGGGUGAGCACGGACGAGGCCAUCGCCAAGUACCAGCGCAUGAUCAUGCUUCACUACCAGCAGAGGAUGGAGGAGCAACAACAACAACAACAACAGUGGCAACAGAAUUCAUCCGAACUCGCCGAGAGCAGCGAGGAAAUCCAACGAGGCGUCAACAUGGAUGCCACCGAGGUGCUUCACGUCAACCGGACCAAGUCUAUCCAGACCGUGCAAAAGAAGACCACCACGACCACUACCACAAGCAGCAGCAGCGCCACCUUCAAAUCAAUGGAAAAGAAAUCAAGCAGCACUUCGUCGACCGCCCGACACGGCACAAAAAUCGUAAAAAACGCUUAG